AUGAUCAUCUACAAGGAUAUUAUCACUGGCGAUGAGAUCCUCUCCGAUACCUUCAAGAUCAUUGAUGUUGGAGAUGGUUUAUGGGAGGUAGAUCUUAAGAAGGUCACCAAAGGUGGUGAUAAUUUCGUUCUGGAGGGUGCCAACCCAUCUGCCGAGGGCGAGGAUGCUGAAGAAAGCGGCGACACCGAGAACAAACAAGUCCUGGAUAUUGAAGAUCAGUUCCGAUUGAACAAGAUGGAGGGUGGAAUGGACAAGAAGACUUUCACCAGUGAUCUCAAAGCAUACAUAAAACGACUCAACAACAAACUGAAAGCUGAACCGAAUGGUGAGACUAAGUCCAAAGAAUUCCAGUCAGGGGCUGCUGCGGCUCUGAAAAAGCUCAGCGCCAAUGUUGCCGACUAUGACAUCUACAUGGGCGAGUCAAUGAGCAGCGAGGGCAUGUACAUUCUAGUGAAUUUCCGCGAGGACGGUAUCACUCCCUUUGCAACAAUUUGGAAGCACGGACUCAAAGAGGAGAAGGUAUAA